UCAAUUUUUUUUCUAUAUUCUCUUCUUUGCUCAUCAUCAUGCUUCAUUUACGGUUGUUUCGCCUUUGCUCUAUUCACGCCAGAUCUAACCAAGCUCCCAUUCUGCAAGAAACCUACAAGGGGUAUAAAGCGACUGGCUUUCGCUCAUUAUCUACAGAUUCAGUGAAAAUGGAUUCAAAACAGAUUCUGGAAAACGAAAGUCCCGUUUCAUACCAGAACGUCAUCGUGAUGAGGCACGGCGACCGCAUGGAUAACUUCGAGCCCUUGUGGGCAUCCACGGCGGCGCGGCCGUGGGAUCCGCCCCUGGCCCAAGCGGGUCGGAUUCGGGCUUUCCAAACGGGUCGAAGGCUGCGACAGAGUCUCGGGUUCCCGAUCCAUAGGGUCUUUGUGUCCCCCUUCCUCCGCUGCGUUCAGACCGCCGCCGGAGUCGUCGUCGCUCUCUCCGCCAUCGACGACGGUCCCGGCACUGCCACUGGCGACGGCGUUCCAAUCGACGCUUCAAAAGUCAAGGUCUCUGUUGAGUAUGGAUUAUGUGAAAUGAUGAACAGGGAAGCUAUCCGUCUCGAUGUUGCCCCUAAAGAUGGAAAUUGGGGUUUUGAUAUAUCAGAGCGUGAAGCCAUGCUCCCAGCUGGGACAGUGGAUAAUAACGUAGCAAGGGUAUAUAAAGAGUUGCCACUGUGGGAAGAGCCAGUUUUGCAAACAAGGGCUAGAUAUCAGCAAAUAAUUAAGGACCUUGCAGAUAAAUAUCCUAAUGAGAACUUGCUGCUUGUUACACAUGGGGAAGGAGUUGGGGUGGCUCUUUCUUCAUUCAAAAAGAAUGCUGCGGUAAAUGAAGUGCAGUACUGUGCAUAUGUUGAACUUAGACGUCCUAUUGUCAAGAAAGAGGACUCAGUUACUGCUGGAGAGUUCGAUGUACUCACUCAAAGUGGUCAAACUGGUGUAAUCUAUUUCCUCCCACGUCCUUUGAGCAAUGACAUUAAUCAAACUUCAUCAUGACCAAGCAGCAUAUACAAAGGUAUCAGAGAGUGACGAGAACUAGAGAGGAAUUGUGGAGUGAAAGAUCAGAAUGAUGUGUAAUGAAUUGAACUGAAUUGUUUAAAAUUGAGUGCAGCAUAUAUAUACACUGUGAUCUGUUACAAUUACUAAUCACAUAACAAAUAGCUAAUAAUAUGGGCUAACUGAAGUGUAUCUAAGUGGAGGAAUUCAUGAACUCAAUACUUUUAAGAUUUUAGAUU